ACAAAAAUAUUGGUGGGUGUGGUAUUUGGUCCAUAAAGAAAUUGUGUUGUUGUUUUUCACAUUCAUCAUCAGACACCCGUGGCGCAUGGCCAAACCCCGAGCAACUUCACGCGUCCGUCGAAACGCCUUCUCAACGAGAGUCAUCAACGACUGGAAUGGACUACCGCUGGCAGUCGUGAGCGCCGACUCUCUCAACCAGUUCAAGAAUCGUCUCGACAAGCACUGGGCCCAUCUCCUAUACACACCACCUACGCCCUAUGAGCCCUAACAUGAUCCGCCUAGAAGCUCGACUGGACCGGUAGUUUACAGGCCUUUGGCCUCUCUAAAUUCCGUUCAACUUAAGUAAGUAAGUAAGUAAGUAAGAUCAUGACUUUAUAAUCAAGAAAUUGGACGCUUAAAAUAAGAACUCUUAUUUUUCUUUAAGGUUAACAUGAAGUCUGUUGACUCAUCCAAGAAACCACCACCACCCCCAUUGCAUUACUUCAAGAGUGAUGGAGCUUUGGUAACAGCUCUGAAUUUUUUAGUUUUUCAUGAUGAAGCAUAUCUUGCUCAAGGCAGUCAGGAUGGAAACCUGACAGUAUGGGACUUGAAGAGCUGCGAGCGGCGCUGGUCGGUGGCGGCGCACAGCUCGGCCUGCCGCGCCGUGGAGCAGCUAGAGAGCGGUCACGUGGUCACCCAGGGCAGAAAUGACGCCAUCCGCCUGUGGGAUGUGGAUUCCCAGCAACCUGUGGCUUCACUGCCCUUCAUCCAUCAUGGCUUCUGUCGGAUGGCGGUGGUCGGCGGCCGGCUGGCCUGUCCCAGUGAGCCGGCCUCCGAGGUGGCGCUGCUGGACCCGCGCUCGGGCGCCGAGGCCGGCCGACUGGCGGCGCCCGCCGAGCUCGGCACGGUGAUGGCGCUGGCGCCGCUGCCGGGUGCCGCCGGCGCGCGCCUGCUGGCCGUGUACGAGUCGGGCGGCCUGCUGCUCUGGGACCCGGCCCAGCCCUGCCGGCCGGCCGACCGGCUCCAGGUCACCACCGAGACGCCCAUGUGCGUGGACGCGGCGACGGACGGCCGCGGUCUGGUGGGCACCUCCGGCACCGCCGUGCCCUCGUUCUCUGUCGGCGCCGACGGCCGUCUGCAGGCCGGCCCGCCGGCCGCCAUCACCAACCCGGGCGUGGCCAGCGUGCGGCUGCGGCCCGACGGCCGGCUGGCCGCGCUCGGCUGCUGGGACGGCCGGCUGCGGCUCGUCUCCGGCCGCCGGCUGCGCCUGCUCGCCGCCCUCGAGCACCACACGGCCACCGUCGAGUGCGUCCAGUUCGCGCCGCGGCCGGUCCGGCUGUGGAAGGCGCGUGCGCUACUGGCCAGCGGCUCGGCAGACGGCACUGCCGCCCUCUGGAAGGUGUAUGACGACUCAUGACGCCGCCCCGCGUCCCAAGGCACUGUACCGUGAGCGCUGUAAGUGGCAGCGCGAUCGGAGUCAUCUGUGAUACCGUCAGACUUGCGGGCCACUCAUCCUGUAUUCCGCAUUCGUAACAUGGCUGCGAUCAUCGGGUGACAAUGACACUGGGAAAAUACAUAUGACGAACGAUGUGUA